AUGGACCACCACCCAAAUUCGCCCAUCAGGCCCAAGCCUAUCCCAUCGCACAUGAUCAACGGAUCGUCUCCUCUGGUUACCCAAGAGAACCGGGAUGCGCGUGAGCGUGAGAACGCUUUCAAGUCCAUCAAGUCUUCGAUGGGUCCCAAGAAAGAGCCUCUUGAUCUUGAGGGCAACUACUUCCAACCCCAGACCAAUGCUCAACCGCGCGACAAGCGCCCUUCAAAGCUGGCUAAUCUCGAUGAGGCCGAGGCAAGAGACCCGCGUGACGACUGGACCUCUCAGCAGACCAGCAGAGCUAGCAGUCCUUACACUCUCGCUCCUACUAUUGACUUUGACGGACUGAGCUGGCCCAGUAUGCUUCAGCCGAUUCCGAUCGCUUUCCUUGCCGCAGCCCGCCUAGAGAAGCUCUCCGGAGCAGUCCGUACAUUACUCGAAUGCAUCGGAGAAGACCCAGAAAGAGAGGGCCUUCAUGGUACGCCCGAGCGCUAUGCAAAGGCCAUGAUGUACUUCACCAAAGGCUACGAAGAGAACCUGAGGGACAUUGUUAAUGGCGCUGUCUUCCACGAAGAUCACGAUGAGCUCGUCAUCGUAAAGGACAUCGAAGUCUUCAGUCUUUGCGAACAUCACUUGGUCCCCUUUACUGGAAAGGUAUGUGCACAUCUCAGCACCUUUCACGAAAGCUUUCUGACGUGUCUANNGAUGCACAUCGGCUACAUUCCCAACGGCCGUGUCCUCGGUCUCUCCAAGCUUGCACGUAUCGCCGAGAUGUUUUCUCGCAGACUACAGGUUCAGGAGCGUUUGACCAAACAAGUCGCCCUUGCUUUGUCCGAAGUCCUCCAACCUCAGGGUGUCGCCGUCGUCAUGGAAUCCAGCCAUCUGUGUAUGGUCAUGCGCGGUGUUCAAAAGACCAGCGCCACAACGACUACCAGCUGUAUGCUCGGUAGAAUGAGAUCAACUGCUAAGACGAGAGAGGAGUUCCUGAAUCUGCUCAACAGGAGGUAG